CGACGACGAUUUCUGAUCCCUCACACUUACUAGGUACUCCGUACUCGUGCACAGUAUUUCGCAACAACACUCUGUGCGCUGGUCUACGACUAUAUGUGCUCACGACUAGCAUGUAUUGUGCACUUCGACUUGGCUUUAUGAGCUGAGAGGAAAACAUAAGAUUCCAGUCACCGCCUGCGUCUCGCCGCAAUGCCGGUCAGGAAACCCAGCAGAUAUGGCUCCAAUGUCAGAUUUGUCAAAAAUUCUGCUCGAGAUCCUCAGGCCAAGACGGUAGACUCUUCCUCUUUACGCCAUACCGAGGCAACCUCUCAAGAUGAAAAGCUCCAAGCCACGCGGCUGGCCAACAGCAUCGACGAGGCAAUGGGAUUUCCCAGGUUCGACUCUGGCAGGAAAAAGGUGGGAUGGCUCUACAACAUGCACAGUACCACGGUCGAAGACUCAAAAGUGCCUGGCGGCCGAGCAGGAGUCGAUUUCUACUUCAUUGGCGACGAUGGUGACAACUUCAAAGCAACUGUCGAGUACGAUCCCUAUUUCUUGGUCGCCGUAAAACGAGGUCGAGAAGCAGAGGUGGAAGAGUGGUGCAAGAGAAUGUUUGAAGGUCUGGUCAAAACAGUCUCGCGAGCCACGAAAGAGGAUCUGCAGAUGCCGAAUCAUUUGCUUGGGUAUAAACGCACGUUUCUACAAUUGACCUUUGCCAAUGUGUCGGACCUGCUGGCCGUGCGCAAGACAGUGAUGCCUAUCGCUGAGAAGAACAAGGAAAAACUCAAUGCCAUGGAUACUUACGCGGAGGUAGCUACUGCAACAGCUGGAUUCGAUAUUUACGAUGAAGAGCAGCUCAAUGACACCCGAGCCACCAGCAUUGCUGAUGCGAGCGAUUUCAUCGUCGACAUUCGAGAAUAUGAUGUUCCGUACCAUGUCCGUGUGACCAUCGACAAGGACAUACGGAUUGGAAAAUGGUACAGCGUGGAGGCAAAGCAUGGUUCGGUCACGCUCACUUGCCUCGAAGAACGUCUACAGCGUGCCGAUCCAGUCGUGCUUGCCUUUGAUAUCGAAACGACCAAAUUGCCCCUCAAGUUCCCAGAUUCGGUCAUCGACCAGAUCAUGAUGAUUUCAUAUAUGAUUGACGGUCAAGGCUUCCUCAUAACCAACAGAGAAAUCGUCUCCGAGGACAUUUCCGACUUUGACUACACGCCUAAAGCCGAGUACGAAGGCCCCUUCAUGAUCUUCAAUGAGCCCAACGAACGGGGAGUCCUUGAACGCUUCUUCUCCCACAUCAAAGAAGCCCGGCCUAACGUCAUCGCAACUUACAACGGUGACUUCUUCGAUUGGCCCUUUGUCGAAGCUAGGGCCAGUGUCUUGGGCAUCGACAUGUAUGCCGAGAUAGGGUUUCGCAAGAACAGUGAAGACAUCUAUCAGAGCGACUAUUGUGUCCAUAUGGAUUGCUUUGCUUGGGUCAACAGAGACAGCUACCUUCCUCAGGGCAGCAGAGGUCUGAAAGCGGUGACAGUCGCCAAACUGGGAUACGACCCAGACGAGCUGGAUCCCGAGCUGAUGACACCCUACGCAAACGAACAUCCCCAGAUCCUGGCAGAAUACUCCGUCUCAGAUGCCGUGGCCACCUACUACCUGUACAUGAAAUAUGUCCACCCUUUCAUCUUCUCCCUAUGUACUAUCAUCCCGCUCAGUCCUGACGACACUUUGAGAAAGGGCACGGGCACUCUAUGCGAGAUGCUGCUGAUGGUGGAAGCGUAUCAGAAGAGGAUCGUCUUGCCGAACAAACACAAAGAACCGAGAGAAGCAUUUUGGGAUGGCCAUCUGCUCGAUUCGGAAACGUACGUCGGUGGGCAUGUCGAAAGUAUUGAGGCUGGUGUCUUCCGUGCAGAUAUACCGGUCAACUUUGCUAUCGACACCACGGCUAUCGACGAGCUAAUUCGUGACCUUGACGCGGCGCUGAAGUUUUCUAUAACUGUCGAAGAAAAGAAAUCCAUGGACGAUGUAACGAAUUAUGACGAAGUUCGCGCUCAGAUUUGUGAGAAGUUGAACAACUUGAGGAAUACGCCAAACAGAAGUGAGCGUCCACUGAUUUACCACUUGGACGUGGCUUCCAUGUACCCCAAUAUCAUGACGACUAAUCGAUUACAACCGGACUCCAUGAAAUCCGAGUCGGACUGUGCGGCUUGCGACUUCAACCGGCCGGGAAAGACUUGCGACCGACGGCUACCCUGGUCAUGGAGAGGAGAAUUCUUGCCGACGAAACGAGACGAAUACAACAUGAUUCGGAGAGCCAUCGCAAACGAAACGUUUCCUGGGAAAUAUGCCAAGUCUGCCCGAAGGACUUUCCAAGAACUGAGCCUUGACGAGCAGGCAGCGGCAGUGCGGAAACGACUUCAAGACUACUCAAAGAAGAUCUAUCACAAGAUUCACGAUUCCAAGACCCUCGAACGUGAAGCGAUCAUCUGUCAGCGUGAGAAUCCUUUCUAUGUGGACACAGUACGUGACUUUCGUGACAGACGUUACGAUUUCAAGGGCAAGCAGAAGGUAUGGAAAGGAAAGACGGAAGCUUUGAAGUCGUCGGGUGCUUCAGCUACCGAAAUUGAAGAGGCAAAGAAAAUGAUUGUCCUAUUCGACUCCCUACAACUCGCACAUAAGGUCAUCCUGAACUCUUUCUAUGGCUAUGUGAUGCGGAAAGGUUCGAGAUGGUAUUCCAUGGAAAUGGCUGGUGUCACAUGUUUGACUGGUGCUCAUAUCAUUCAGAUGGCCAGAGAACUUGUGGAACGCAUUGGCCGACCAUUGGAAUUGGAUACUGAUGGUAUCUGGUGCAUGCUGCCGGCCACUUUUCCAGAAAACGUCGUUUUCACCCUGAAGAACGGAAAGAAGAUGGCAAUUUCAUACCCUUGUGUCAUGCUCAACCAUCUUGUGCAUGCCCGAUACACCAACCAUCAAUAUCAGACACUCGUCGACCCUGCCACCUUCAGAUAUGAGACUCACAGCGACAACUCGAUCUUCUUUGAGGUUGAUGGCCCUUACAGAGCAAUGAUUUUACCGACAUCGAAAGAAGAGGACAAAAACUUGAAGAAGCGAUAUGCUGUAUUCAACCAUGAUGGAACCCUCGCAGAACUGAAAGGGUUUGAGGUCAAACGUCGAGGCGAGCUGAAACUCAUCAAGAUCUUCCAGACUCAAAUCUUCAAAUUCUUCCUGGAAGGCACUACUUUGGCUGAGACCUAUGCUGCUGUUGCCCGUGUCUCGAACCGCUGGCUUGACGUGUUGCACCAACAUGGCUCUACGCUUGCCGACGAGGAAUUGAUCGACCUCAUUUGCGAGAAUAAGAGCAUGGCCAAGACUCUGGAGGAGUAUGGCGCGCAGAAAUCGACUUCCAUCACCACAGCGAAACGCCUGGCUGAGUUUUUGGGCGAACAAAUGAUCAAGGACAAAGGUUUGAACUGUAAAUACAUCAUCUCCUCAAGACCAAAGAACACUCCCGUUACCGACCGGGCGAUUCCAGUCGCGAUCUUCUCUGCAGAGGAAGGUGUCAAACGAUUCUUCCUACGCAAAUGGCUGAAGGAGGAUCCAGCAGAUAUGGACCCAAGAACAGUGAUUGACUGGGACUAUUACCUGGAACGUCUGGGUUCUGUGAUUCAGAAGCUUAUCACGAUUCCAGCUGCCUUGCAGAAAAUUCGGAAUCCCGUCCCCCGUGUGGCACAUCCAGAAUGGCUGCAAAAACGGAUCGCGGCAAAGGACGACAAAUUCCAGCAGAAAAAAGUUACCGGAUUUUUCGAAAAGAAGCCGUUAGCAGAGCGAUCUGUGAACCUCCUCGAUCACAGACUUCCCCCGAGCGGCGACAUCGAGGAGGCUCUCGAUGCUGACCUGAAAUCUCAAGUGCGACUUAGCAAACCAUCCAAGCGGAAAGCUCCCGAACCCAUCAACCAAGUCUUGAUCGACCCGUAUGCAACACUGUCAUCGGAUGCUCCUGCAAACGACGAAGAUUACAGUGGUUGGCUCCAGCAUCAAAAGCAAAAAUGGAAGAUCCAGAAGCAAGCCCGGGCUAGGCGGCGGCAGCUGUUCGGAGAAAGACCAAACAUUGCAACAGACUCCAUCAGCAGCUUCUUCCGGAACCAAGCAGAAAUGCUGUACAUCAACACCUGGCAUGUCCUUCAACUGCGUCAGGGAGAAUCACCUGGCGAGGUCACGGCCUUUGUCGUCAUUGGCAAGAAAAUACACUCCUUGAGCAUCAAAGUACCACGGACACUCUAUCUCAAUCUGAAAGCUGAUGAGCUACCCAAUGUGGAGGUUCCUGGUUGCGAGGUAGAGAAAGUCACCCACACCCUGCCAAAUGGACAUCCAUCAGUGCAUCUCUUCCAGCUGACCAUGCCGGAAGACACGUAUUUGCGUGAGGCAGAAUCUGUGUCACUGUUGUGCAAUCACCCUAGUGUCGAAGGUGUCUAUGAACGCCAGGUGCCUCUGUCCUUGCGGGCCAUGCUGAAGCUGGGCAACAUGUGCGCUUUCGAUGAGAGCCAAAAGGGUGUACUUGGAAAAGGGCUGGAGCAGGGCUUCGACCUAUCAGCACUACUGAGGAGCAAUUCACAAUCGACCUACCUGGAAGAUCCUAGCUCUAUGGGCUAUGUCUACGUCUACCAUGUUACCGCAGGGGACCGGAAUGUCUUCGCUCUCUUUUCGACAUCAAGAACAGAGGCGCACAUUGUUGUUCUGAGUAAAAGCCGUGACGCUCAGCUUCCGAAUGCCGACAAGAUCUAUGCUGAGCAAUAUCGACAGAAAAUCCAAGAACAGGCAUUGCUGGAAACCAGCUUUGCGUAUCAAAACAGCAUAAAUUUCAAGGUCUCACAAGUGACAACGAAACGAAAAGCACACCUUGAGAUUAGCGACAUUCUGAAGAAGUGGCGGAAUGAAGAGUCCAAACCCACGAUGCUCCUGUUACAAACAACUUCGCACAAGCAGCUCGUACAUGAUAUCCGGAUCAUGAAAGAUUACCCAAUAUUGUGUCUGCCCAUGGAACACGCCGAUGCGGAUCUGCCUUCUCUUGGCUGGCAAGGGCAUGCGUUUAAGCAGCUGAUGUCACACUACCUCAAUGUUGCUGGAUGGCUGGCACAUCUGAUCGAGCUGGCGCGCUACGGCGAUGUGCCGUUAUGCAAUCUCGAGAAGGACGAUCCCCGCUUCCUCAUUGAUCUGGCCUAUGCCCGUCGGCUGAAAAACAGCAACGUUGUGCUAUGGUGGUCUGAUCAGCCACGCCCAGACCAUGCUGGUCACGAACGAGAUGAUAUCGUGGGGCAACUCACCGAGGUUGUAGAAAUGCCAGCGAUCAACAACGCAGGAGCCUAUACUUCUGUCUGUGUGGAUGUUUCAGUUCAGAACCUGGCGAUCAAUACCAUAUUGACAUCUUCUAUCAUCAAUGACCUCGAGGGUUCUGCAGAAUCGGUUGCAUUCAAUCCCGCUGGUGAUGGCGAGCCAACUCAGAAUGGUGGCACAGCCAAAUCCAAUGGAGGCUUUGCCCAGGCUGCGCUCGAGGUACUUCGAGAAAUGGUCAAAUCGUGGUGGGCAGAAGCCUGUCGUGGCAACCGCCUUGCAGAUGUGAUGGUCCAACACCUGGUACGAUGGGUCGAGGCACCUGCAUCAUGUCUGUACGAUCGGCACCUGCACUACUAUGUCCAGAUGAUGUCGAAGAAGGCAAUGCAGCAGCUCAUUACCGACUUCCGACGAGUCGGGUCGAAUGUUGUGUUCGCAAGUCCGACAAGAUUGUUAUUGCAGACAUCCAAGCAAGAAGUUGAGAAUGCUUAUGCGUACUCACAGUACAUUCUCAAGUCGAUUCAGCAGAAACCCCUGUUCCAUUUUCUCGGACUCGAGGUCAAGGACUAUUGGGACAUACUCAUCUGGUAUGAUGCAUACAACUACGGUGGCAAAGGCACCCAGGUUGUUACGGAAGGGACCAACAACUCGAAUCUGGAAACGGUUGUUCAUUGGCAGCUCUCUCAAUUUCUGCCAUUGCCCUUGCAGCCUGUAUUCGAUGACUGGGUGAUCACGUUCGUCGAGUUGAUGCAGAAUUUGAAAAGACCACCCAGCUCAUCGGACGAAACCUCAGCGACACCCCGGCCUACACAAGUGCCUUCAGCAUUCAUUAGCUUGACUGAGGAUCCUACGAGCACCGAGAUUACCACUGUCUUGCAGGAUGACUUCUCGAAGCCGUUGAAAAAGCAGAUCACGGCUCUUAUUCGGCGGCAGCGAGAAGAGUUGCUUCAUCCUGAACUUGCCAGCGAUUGGACUUUCCCGUCUCUGCCGGGCGGCACCCUGGACUCACAGGAUCAGCGACAUCCGCGAAACCCUGUCCUGGAGUUGGUAAAAUCCUUGAUGCAGAUUGUGUCUUUGUCAAAGCCACUCCAGCUCGAAGCACGACUUCUCCGUAAAGAGCUCUUGGCAUUAUUCGACGUGCGGGAGUUUGGGCAAGAGGCUCGUUUCGAAAAUCCAAGCGCAAGCCUGCGGUUCGACAACUUGGUCUGCGAUACAUGUACCAUGACAAGAGAUCUGGAUCUGUGUCGAGAUGAGGAUAUUCUACCUGACAUUCAGAACGGAGAAGUGGACGCAACUAACAAGCCUUGGAGAUGUUUGAGUUGUCAGAGUGAGUACAACAAGAUCGCUCUGGAGGAGAGCUUGAUUGCUAGGGUACAAGCGUCGCUGCUGGGCUGGCAAUUACAAGACCUGAAAUGUAAGAAAUGCGGUACUCUGCAGGGUGAUGACUCGCUGUUCAGUGAUCACUGCGCAUGCGGUGGAGAAUGGACUGGCACUGCGGACCGCGGUGAGAUUCGAUCAAAGUUGAGAGUCAUGGAGCGUGUUUCGUCGGCGUAUGGCUUACGCAUGCUGUCUGGUGUUAUUGAGGGUGUCAAGGCUAUGUGCUUAUUAUCAUGAGAAGACGUUAUGUUGGGUGGCUGCAUGUACAGUGGCGUCUUGAGGGCAUGGCAAUGUGCAACGAAGCAUUGAUGGGUGUUUAUGAAAAUAGCAUAGCGAAAUGGUGCCCUUGUUGGAUGGACUAAGUUAGCUGGUGUUGGGACAUGCCAAGGUAGUCAAUCGCGAUGGUGCGGUAAGUCCUCGGCAUUAUGGGGGAACAAUAAAGCCGCCAGGCAAGAUGACUUAGCCUGGG